ACUCCCCUCUUUAGCUAUUGACUUCCCCCUGCGUGAUUCUCCAAGACGAUGUAGACCAGAUCAUUGCAAAGAGAGACAGCUUUCUAGACAUGCCUGCACGAUACAUGGACAGUGUAUAGAGAGAAAAGAAGUGAGUGGAAUGAACGGUGGUAGGCUAUAUAUCUCAUUCUGGGGAAACCUCUGCGCAUAUGAUACAUGUUCAUAUGCUGGUGCUAAAGUUAAACAGGAUAGUCCUAUAUUCUAUCUGUAUUUGGACAAAAAACACGAACUGAUAAUGGACAAAAAACGAAUGGAUGACAUACAACUUCAAGCUCGAGAUGAGAGUGAAUAGGCUGACGGUUGCAUUCCCUUACCACAAAGACGUACUGUUUCAGAAGACUGAGAAGAGCUCCAGAAUACAGUAAAUUCAACUGAUGUAUUUUACCUAAAUUGUGAAAUUCACAGUUAUCAUUGGCACUGAAUACUAUAUUCCUGAAACUACAAUAUAUAUUCAUGGAUUAGGUGUAAAAUAUGGAAUCAGUCAGCAUUUUAAGAUCACGGGGAUUGGGGCCUGAACCCAAGGAAGCAGUAUAUCUUUGGCGCCGGGCUCGUCAGUCGUGAAAGGAAAAAAAGUAUUCUGCUAGUCUAUGACUCAACAGGUUGACCACUGAAAAUUAAGAUGGACCACCUUUUCCUAGCUAACAAAAUCUCUAUGCCAGACGACCCCAUCAGCAGAAACUCACCGAAAGUCCCCAAAAGUGGCAUGAAAAUGCCAACAUCAACCUUUGAGAAAGUCCCCACAGAGAAAUCCAACAACAACAACAACAAGAAGGACCGUAGCGUCGUGGUGACGACUGUCCCGUUAAUCAACGAGAUGCAGCUGACAGCGGCCACAGGUGGGGCGGAGAUGUCGUGCUACCGGUGCACAGUGCCGUUCGGCGUGGUGGUCCUCAUUGCCGGUAUUGUGGUAACUGCUGUGGCGUACAUGUUCAACUCACACGGCUCCACCAUCUCGGUGCUGGGGCUGGUUCUGCUGUCGGCCGGGCUGGCUCUGCUGGGGUCCAGUGCCGUCUGUUGGAGGGUUCGGCUGGGGCGGAAGAAGGACCGGAGGAGGGAGAGUCAGACGGCCCUCAUGUCCAACCAUGGACUCUGUGUGGUCUGAGCCCUGAGGGAGAUAGGGACUGUUAAAUAGAAGUUUGAACAAUUUAAAGUUUGAAUGAAGAGGAAAUGAACAGAGACUACUAGAGAGUGAUGAGGGAUGUCAGAGGUGGUUGGGUAUGAAGGACUCACACAUUGUCCAAAACAGAUGCUUAGCUGAAGGACUAGAAUGGCCUAGAAAGACAAUCCGUACUGUUGGUAAGAUCCUAUCUGUAAGGACUAGAGUGGCCUACAAAGACUGGCAGGUAGCCUAGCAGUUAAAAGAGUGUUGAGCCAGUAACCAAAAGGUUGCUGGUUUGAAUCCCUGAGCUGACUAGAUGAAAAAUCUGUUGCUGUACCCUUUAGCAAAACAAGUACAACCCUAAUUACUCUGGAUAAGAGUGUCUGCUAAAUUACAAAAAAAAUGUAAAGUAUGGUGAUUUGUUCUCCCUGAUUUGGGAAGACCAGGACUGGUCAUGAAGAUGGAAUAACCAAAUUAUUGGAGAGGAAGGAUGGAGUAGGGUGAAUUUGCCCCUAGAUUCUGAUCUUCAGCCUUUUUUACAUUUUCCUCACUAAUGGUUAAGGUUAGGAUUGGGGUAGAAAGCUGAUCCUAGAUUUGUACUUAGUGGAACUUCACCCCGGAGCAGAAAGGAUAGUUGCACGGUGGACCAUGAUUCUCCAUUCUACUAUACUCAUGCAUGUCAUGUGAUGCAUCUGUGACUCUAUGGCUGCUCAAUUGAUGUUUCAAGUGAACAUUUCAUAGGUACUUAAUGUUAUGUUUUAGAUAUGUAGACAGUAUGUAGACAGACUUUACAGGGUCAAAUCACCCUUUAUUACUGCGUAAAGUGAACCUAGGAAGUGAUUGCCUAAAUUAAGACAAUGUAUCUCUCAUGUUUGAUAUGCAUGAUUUUUUAUGCUUCCAAUGUACUUUUGUAACUGCCUAUUAUGCACAAUAUUGAUUAAUUUGAUACAGUUUGUGCCAAAUGUACAGUUUUUCAUUAUUGGUAUAGUACAAGACCAUAGCUGUGGCAAAGUAAGUUGUGGUUUCAUAUGUACCAUUGUACUCUGGUAAAGUUGUAUUUUCAUGAUAUUUAUGACAUAUCUGUUGAUAUAUAUUUGGAAUAUUUGUGCCACUAAACUUAAGAUGUUAAAUCCAUGUGCCAAUAAAUCUGUCAAUCAACCAAUAAAUCAAUCAACCA